AUGGAGCUCCAGAAGGACAACCCGUCCGUGGCCAUCGACAUGCUGCUCAUCGUGCAGUCCGAGAAGCGGCGCGCGGCCCACGGCCCCGACCUCGCCGACGGCCAGGACGAGCCGGGCGCGCUGCAGCCGCGCGCCGGAGGACUCCAGAGUGUUGCCAGUGGAAUCCAGAGAUGGCAGAAAUUAGAAGGAAACGACCCACAUGAAAAUAUGGAGGAGAGGUCACACCUUCAGCUGACUCAGGUCAUUAUUUCCUAUGACCAACAAAGGACACAGGUGACUGUGGAGAUACAUCCUCAAGACACCGUGCCACAGCUGCUCAAGAAGCUCUCCUUGACCAAACGUUUACAUGGUGAUAAAAAUGGAAACACAAGAGCCCGGCAGCCUGGAACAAAAGAUGCCCAUGUCUACCCCUGGGAUCGGUCUAGCCUGAAAUCCCUGACUUUGGACCUGCAGCAGUUUGAGAAACUGGACACUUAUGCAGCACAGGUGACAGUCAAGAGUGGUCUUGAUGAACUGGUGAGUGACCUGCUCCAGGAGGCCCACAGUGACCUGGAGCGGGUACGUGCCAUCUGGAUCUGGAUCUGCCAUCACAUAGAAUACGACAUCAACGCUUCCAAUGAUAAGGACUGCCGGGUCUUCAAGCCCACCGAAAUCUUGCGGACCCAGAAGGCCAACUGUGACGGCUAUUCUGGGCUCUUUGAGAAAAUGUGCAGGAUCGCGGGAGUCCAGUGCCUGACCAUCCCCGGCUACUCCAAGGGCUUCGGCUACCAGACAGGGCAAAGCUUUUCUGGGGAGUUCGACCACGCCUGGAAUGCCGUGUUCCUGGAUGGCCGCUGGCACCUGCUGGACAGCACCUGGGGCAGUGGUCUCGUGGACGCCGCCACCUCCAAAUUCACCUUCCUGUACAAUGAGUUCUACUUCCUCACUCACCCCGCACUCUUCAUCGAGGACCACUUCCCUGACAACAAGAACUGGCAGUUACUGAAGCCCCCCAGGUCUCUGAGGCAGUUUGAGAACAGUGUGUACCACAAGAGCGAGUUCUACAACAAGGGGCUUCUGAGUGUCCACCCGGAUGUCCCCAUGAUCAGAACAGUGAACGGCAAGGCCACGAUCACCGUGCAAAGCCGCGCGCCCACCGCCUUCAUGUUCCUGCUGGACGGCAAGCAGGAGCACGGGCUGCUGAGCCUGCGGCGGGACGGCAUGAAGCUCGACGUGUUCCCGCCCGCGCCAGGCCCGCACAAGCUGCAGCUGCUUGCCCGCGGCCCCAGCGACGUGUACAGCGCCGUGCUGGAGUUCGCGCUGCUGUGCAACUACGUGGACCCGGGCGCGCGGCUGCCGGCCGCGCUGCACCAGCCCGUGGGCCCCAGCUGGCUGUCGGAGCAGCUGGGGCUCACGCGGCCCUCGCACCACGACCCGGUCAUCCAGGCGCGCGACGGCCGCUGCAGCGUGAGCUUCUGCGUGGCCGACGACUGCAGCGUGCUGGCCUCGCUGCACGGCGACGACGACGGCGGCGGCGACCACGACGAGGGCGAGGACGCGCGGCGCCGCCACGUCUUCCAGCUGCGGCGGGAGCAACGUCGGACGGAGCUGCGGGUGCGGCUGCCGCGCGCCGGCGCCUUCGCGCUCAAGAUCUUCGUGCGCCAGCGGCAGGCGGCGCCGGGCGACAACUUCGCCUUCGCCUGCAACUACCUCGUGUGCUGCCGCGACGCCGCCGUGCGCUGGCCCGCCUUCCCCGAGAGCUUCCGCGACUGGGGCCCCGGCGACGAGCUCCUGGAGCCGCUCUCGGGCGUGCUCCCGGCCGACCGCGACGUGCGCUUCAAGCUGCGGCUGCCCGGCGUGGCGCAGGCCCUGGUGAAGGCGCACGACACGCGGCCCCUGGCCCUGAGCGCCGACGGCUACUGGGAGGGCAGCUGCAGCACGGCCGGCUGCCAGGAGGUGCUGGUCUUGGUGCUCGAGAACGCCAACCACAGCUUCUACUCCUACAUCCUCAAGUACCAGGUGGGAUCCCCAUGAAAGGCCGUCGCCCCCCUCCCCAGUCCAGGGGACAGAGGCCAGCGAGGCCCCUUGCCUGCCAAGCCAACGGUGCUAUGUGAACCCGAGCU